GUCACGCAGGGUGGGACUUCCGGCCGCCCAAGUUUAACAGUCCAGGCGGGAGCCGGAAGCGCGGCCGCGGAGCGGGUGGUCCCACGCCUGAGAGGCUCAGUCAUGCAGGAAAACCUCAGAUUUGCUUCAUCAGGCGAUGAUAUUAGAAUAUGGGAUGCUUCGUCUAUGACAUUGGUGGAUAAAUUCAACCCCCACACAUCACCACAUGGAAUCAGUUCAAUCUGUUGGAGCAGCAAUAAUAACUUCCUAGUGACAGCGUCUUCCAGUGGAGACAAAAUAGUGGUGUCAAGUUGCAAAUGCAAACCCGUCCCGCUUUUGGAGCUUGCUGAAGGGCAAAAGCAGACAUGUGUCGAUUUAAAUUCCACAUCAAUGUAUUUGGCAAGUGGAGGCCUAAAUAACACUGUUAAUAUUUGGGAUUUAAAAUCAAAACGAGUUCAUCGGUCUCUUAAGGAUCAUAAAGCUGAAGUCACUUGUGUGGCAUACAAUUGGAAUGAUUGCUACAUUGCUUCUGGGUCUCUCAGUGGUGAGAUUGUUUUGCACAGUGUAACCACAAAUACAUCCAGUACACCGUUUGGCCAUGGAAGUAAUCAGCCUGUCCGGCACGUGAAGUACUCCUUGUUCAAGAAGUCUCUCCUCGGCAGUGUUUCGGAUAAUGGAGUAGUGACCCUCUGGGAUGUCAACAGUCAGAGCUCCUACCAUAGCUUUGACAGUCCACACAAGGCUCCAGCUUCAGGCAUCUGUUUCUCUCCUGUCAAUGAACUGCUGUUUGUAACCAUAGGCUUGGAUAAAAGAAUCAUCCUCUAUGACACUGCAAGUAAGAAGCUGGUGAAAACUUUAGUGGCCGACACUCCUCUGACCGCAGUAGAUUUUAUGCCUGAUGGAGCCACUUUGGCUAUUGGGUCUUCCCGUGGGAAAAUAUAUCAGUACGACUUAAGGAUGCUGAAAUCACCCGUGAAAACCAUCAGUGCCCACAAGACAUCUGUACAGUGUAUAGCAUUUCAGUAUUCCACAACUCUGACGAAGGCAAAUUUAAAUAAAGGCUGCUCAAAUAAGGGCACAUCAGUGAACAAGCGGAGUGUUGCUGUGAGCAGCAGCAGUGGGGCUGCCCAGAAUUCUGGAACCGUCAGGGAAGCAACUACGCCUUCCAUUGCCACAGUUCUCCCACAGCCUGUGACCACAGCCGUGGCCAAAGGAGCUGUUGCCGCUCAGGAUAAAGCAGGCUUGUCUUCUCGAAGCAUAAAUACAGAUAUUUUAUCUAAGGAAACAGAUGGUGGAAAAAGUCAAGAUUUCUCCAGCUUUGAUGAUACUAGGAAAAGUAGUUUAGGUGACAUGUUCUCACCAGUCAGAGACGAUGUUGUGGUCAACAAAGGAGGUGAUGAGUCUGUAGGCAAAGGAGAUGGCCUUGACUUUCUACUGCAGCUGAACUCAGUGUUCCCCCCGAGAAAAAAUCCAGUCGCUUCUAGCACUCUGGUGCCACAGUCCAGCCCUCUUGCCGUCUUCAUGGAGUCUCCAGGGAAGGAAGACAGUGCAAGCCCUGAUCUGGCAGCUGAGGCGAAGAGAGCCUUCCCGGGGAGGCAGGAGCCAAAGGACUCCUUGAAACAGUUUGCAAAGUUGAUCUCCUCUGGUGCUGAGCCUGGAUUUCUAAAUACCUCUCCAUCAUCUAACCAAAUAAGAAAUCUUGAAAAAUAUGAAAAGCCAGAAAAAGAAACUGAAGCCCCAUUGAUACAUGAGCCCUCAGUCAAUGGAUCCUCAACUCCAGUUCCAAAGGUAGCGUCCUCCGUCACUGCUGGAGUAGCCAGCUCACUCUCAGAGAAAAUAGUCGAUACCCUUGGGAGCAGUCGGCCCAGUGCACCGCUGACCUCUGUUCAGAUCCGCUUCAUUCAGAACAUGAUACAGGAAACCUUGGAUGACUGCAGGGAAGCGUGCCAUAAGGACAUUGUGAAUUUGCAAGUGGAGAUGAUUAAACAGUUUCAUAUACAGCUGAAUGAAAUACACUCUUUGCUGGAAAGAUACUCAGUGAAUGAAGGAUUGGUGGCUGAAGUCGAAAGGCUGCGCGAAGAAAACAAAAGACUACGGACCCACUUCUGAAUACUCAGAACACCUUAAUUUUUAUGAUUGGGAAGUUUCUGGCAACUAAGAAUGAAACAGAGUCAGUAUUGUUUUCAUGGCCUUGACAAUGGGUUUUGCACCAGGCACUAUUCCAUCUCUAUCAGACAUAUUUAUAUUUUUAUAUUAAAAAUGCACAGAAUACCUUCUUCCUAAUAGGGAAGUGAACAGGAUCUUUAUGUUCUGAAUGCCUUAGCUAUACACUAAGUGCCCUUUGCCUAAGAAAAGAAAUAUGCGUAUAAGGCUGGGUUUAUGUUUUACAAGUGACUCUUUAAAACAGUUAUAUUUUUGAUGGACAAAUUAUAUUCCAAAUUUUCUUUUUAGGUAGCCAGUGUUCAAAACAUUGGUAUACCUUCUAUUUUAUGAAGAAAUAAUUUUAGGGCGGCAGUUGGAUUUUUUUCAUGCUGCUGAUUAGUCAUAAUCUUGUUAACUGAUGACGUCAGGUCUGACUUAUUUAUUGUUCGAUGUAUGAUGCUUGUAUUUUAAAACUUUGAGUUGUACAGAUACAUGGUACCUUUGACAUUUCUGUUUCUGAGGGCUCCCUAUUCUGGUUUCCGACCUUUACACAUGAAAAACUAAUAAGGUUUUGGAAAAUUCAAGGGCUAUACAUCUGCUGAUUGUUUAAUGGAUUGAUGGUAUGCAAAAUCAUGCUAUAAGGUUUUAACCACCGUGGCUCAACUUAUAAUCAAUGAAAACUUAUUGUAAGGUAAUAAAUAUUACAAUAUUGUUGCCAUUUUUCUCACAAGUAAAAAGCAUAGAUUAUUUUUCUGUGUUUUAUACCAUUAACUUUCUCUAAUUAUAGCAUGCUACAGAUAGUAUUUUUCUAUUACUAGCCUUACCAUAGCGUUAUUUAUAUCAGCUCAUCAUGGAAAGAAUUUACACAACAGCAGCAGCUGGGCAUGCUCAUCCACCUGCUGUGAUCCACAGUUUGAUAGGACUGGACUAGGAGAGCUACUCAUCCAUUAACAUUCUUGUUGCCUCUUGCCCAAAGAUUUCAACUGUGUACUUUGUAUAUAGGUCUGUUGCCCAUUUUUACUUUCUGAGAUCAAAAUAUUUACUAAGAUGUAGCUUAGUUUGCUAACUUUAUGGGUUUCUAAAGUGAUGGAAGGCUUACAGAUAUACAUAAUAAAUACAAACCUAUGAAUAAUUAUUUCCAAAAGCAAAACAGGAAUAUGCCUUUUCCCAGGUGACUCAGAUAUGCUGCCAUCUUUUCCCAGAGGAUAUGGCAGCAUUAUGACUUGUAACAAGUUUCCUUACCUGUCACUCAAGCAAGGUUAGGAUGCAGAAGUACUUUGUCUAUAUGCCGUAUUUUUAUCUAUUAAUAUUUUCCUACUUCCUUUUUCUAUAGGUGUAUAUAUUGUAUAUUAAAAGGGUCUGAUAAAAUAAUUGAGUAAUUUUAUGUGUAUAGGUGAAACACUUGUCAUGGAUUUAAACACUGAGUACAGUAAAUAAAUUUUUUUUGUUGUUUUCAAAGCAUAGAAGAUUUGUACUUGAACUUUCUGCCUCUGGUUGAAAUGGAAUAACAGGGCUUACCUUACCUUCCCGUUUGAAAUUUGUAAACAAAAGGCACGAUGUGUGAAAUAGUUACUAUAGAUUGGCAAUAGGCCCUAUAGCACCGCCAUCCCUGAGAGGCACUCGGAAUACUCAGGGUAACAGAUGACAGCAAAUUGCUUAAAGCCUGCAUGGAAAAUUAAAAUAGAAGCUGAAGAAAGAGGGCAUUUCCUAGAAGGAAAAGGGUGCCAUGGCAGAGUGUCUUCCAGGUUCUGAAAGUGGAUCUGCAGUUCAGAUUUAUACUCAGUGAAAGUGCUUUUCAAAGAUGAAAAUGAAAUAAAACUUUUUCUUUAGACCUAGAAAGGCUGAAAGAGUUCCACCACAAGGAGAGGGAGUGGCAGGAAAUGUUUACGAAGGAAAAGGAUACCCUAAAAGUUGUAACUACUCAAAGAAACAGACGAAAAAUGCAAAAUACUAAAGACAUUUCUCAUUUUUCAAACGUAAAUGUAAAAUGUUUUGUGUUCUUAACCGAGGUAAAGCUGACACGUAGGCUAUAGUCAAGGUCGGGAGGCUGUAGUGAAAUCCCCUGCCCUGAGUUGUUCCCACUAACUGAAGCAGCACGACAGGACCUGGAAGUGGACUGCAUAAUGUCAGCUGUCGUGGAACAAUGGCAAGAUGCAACCAUAGAAGAGCAACAAAACCCCAAACGGUCUGGGAGUGACUAAAUGAGUAGUCACACACGCAUUGACGGGCACCAGAGUUUGAAUACCUGGGACCCACAGCAAAUCAGCAGGGCAUAUCUGUAAUGCUGUGGCGUCGCUGUGAGGUGUGGGGCAGAGACAGAACCGCUAGAAGGCUGUGGGCCAGCUGGAUGGACCGACAUGCACGGUGGCAAGCAAACUCUGUGGAAGGCGAAGACUAACCCUACUGAUUGUCUUCUGACCUCUGCAUGUGCAUGCCUGACCAAUAAACACUAAUGCACGCACAGACACAAAUCCAAAAGAAUGUAGUUGAAAGGGUAAACAAGUUAUGGAACAAAUAGAAAAUAAACAGCAAGAUGGCAGAUUUAAAAACAUAUCUAGAAUUACAUUGGCUAUAGGUUGCCAGAGUUACUUUUAUUAUCAGAUUGAAUCUUUUAGCCUCGUUGUACUGAACAUAAAUCUAGUUUAAACAUGAAUAUAUAAACUUUAAAUAUGAAAAAUAAAAUGAAUAGUGUAUUGAGUUGAAUGCAAAUGAGAUUCUGGAGGGUAGGCUCAGUGGUUAAGAGAGCGUACUGCUCUUCCACGGGACCCAAAUUUGGUCUCCUGUUAACACCUUGGAUGGUUCACAACUUCUUGUAACUCCAGCUCCAGAGAGUUUGAUAACCUCCUUUGGCCUCUGCAUUCAUUCUCUCUCUUGCAACUCUGUCUACCUCUUUCUCUUAAAUAAUUAAAGAUAAAUCCUUAAGAAUUGUGGGAGCCACACUGUGUAGUAUUUGUAGAGGAAUGCAUAGCAUCAAAAGCUUAUUUUAGGAAAGGAAAGACUCCUAUACUAGGUGAGCUCAGUGUCCACCUGCAAGUAGAAAAAUAUGUGAGUCCCAAAAUGAGAAAAAAAAUAGAAAAAAGAAUGGCAUGGAAACAAAAUAAACGGGGUGGGGGUGGGGGAUAGUGAAGUAAAGAGCUAGUUCUCAUCAAUAAAACUGAUAAAAAUAGGCAUAAAUGAUCAAUGUCAGGAAUAAAAGAAAUCGCCUACAAGUAUUUCUGACAAAAAUGCCAAGUAUGAAAACUGACAAAUUCUUUCAUAUAUUUAAAGAAAACACCCAGUUCUGAACAAGUGCUUGUAGCAUUGGAUAACCAGGGUUUGAUGCCCAACUCACAAAGGCCAGCAUCACUCUGCUGCUCAAAGAAGACAGCAUCCUGACAUAAAUGCAGGCAGUUCCACAUCACAUUUUAAUUGUUCAAAUCUAGCAGUCUGUUUAAAAAAAAUAAGGAUACAGCCAAAGGAGAUUCUCCAAGAAUGCAAAUUUGGGAUAAUGAGGAAAUCUAACAGUCUGUCACAAAGCAAACAUUCUUUUGGUAGGUGCAGAAACAACGUUUGAUAAAGUCAGUAUUCACUCCUGAUUUAAAACUCAGAUAUAAGUGAAUAUUCAAAAAAAUCUCAUUAUGUAAGCAGCAAUUAAUGAGAAAAUUACGUGCCACUUAGAAUAGCAUAAAAAUGUGAGCUAGUGACGGAUAGAUAGGAUAAAAAGACUUACACACUGCAUUCUCCAGCGAAAAGGUAAAUUUUAGUAGUGUGGCGUGCACAUUAGGGGUUGAAAGUCUCCCUACUGUGCGAUGUCAGUUCUCACAUUGACAUGUAUUCAACAGAAUGACAAGAAUGUUACCUGUGUUGUUAGAUAGUAUCUGUGAAACUGCCUUCAAAAUUUUGAAGUACAAAAUAUUUAAGUAACCAAACAACCUUGGACAAAAAUAGCACAUUAAUGUUUACACUUCAUAAUUUCUUGUUAAAAGACAACCAGCCAUAAGUAUAAAUACAAUCACACCAAUAUGGUACAGUAAAGUCCAGAAGUAGAUUCUCAUACCAGUACACACACUCAUACAUACGCUAGGGAGAGCCCACUAGAGAUAACAUAGUUGAUAGCCAAUUAUAAGUCUUUGUUGCAGUUGGCUGGAACUACACUUGGCAUUUGGGACCUAAGUUAGCACUAGGCAUUUAGUGGGUUUUUAAAGGCAAAAACUAUAUCCUGAUGUCUCACUUGUCAGCUGCAAGGAGAGGUUUUGCACAAGCAGGCAUCUUGACCUCAGAUUCCUAGAAAAGUGUUGGUUAAUUUUCUGUGGGUCUUCCUAUCAAGUUAAUCAAAUUCUAGUUAAGUCUAAAAUGGCCUCAGCAAGUAUACAAGAUGAAGGAACCUCUACAUUGUCUUGCCUUUUCAUACAUAAUCCUCAACUGAUAUUUGACAUAAAAAUAGAAAUCAAUAGAGAAGGUUAUACUUUAUUUGUUUUUGUUGGAUAAGAGGGUCGCUAUUUGAAACAAAAAUUGUGAGACAUACUCUGUACUAUUUAAAAGUUAACUAAAAUAGAUUGGACCUUGUAAUUGUUUUAAAUUAAAGGCUAUUUCUAGAAGAUAACAUGAGGUAGAAGUCUUGAACUUAUCUAAUUUUGAAUACAUCAACAAAUAAAACUUUUGAAAGAAUUGUUAACUUGAA